AUGAGUACUGGAAAGACCGGACGAAGGAGACGAUCUAGCAGUAUCAUCUACCAAGAACCACCCGAGUCAUUAGAACAAAUCAGCGAUCAGUCAGCCCUGCCCAACCUCAACUCACAAUGGGUGAAUGCAAAAGGCGCGUGGACGAUACACCCUGUUCUGAUCAUCGGCUUGAAGAUCUUAUUUGACAUCAUCCCCGGCGUCACACAGGAGAUAUCGUGGACGCUCACGAAUAUCACGUACAUGGCCGGCUCGUAUCUGAUGUUCCACUGGGUGCGUGGCGUGCCAUUCGAAUUCAAUGCAGGAGCAUACGACAAUCUGAACAUGUGGGAGCAGAUCGACAAUGGCGACCAGUACACGCCAGCGAAGAAAUUCCUCUUGAUCGUCCCAAUCGUGCUUUUUUUGUUAAGCACGCAUUACACCCACUACGACUUCACAUAUUUCACUGUCAACUUCAUGGCUCUCAUGGCAGUUGUAAUACCGAAACUGCCGCAAUUACAUCGCGUCAGAAUAGGGCUCUUUUCAGACCCUCCCGACGAAUAA